GGUAACUGGGGAAGGCAGAUGGCUAGAGAUCCCACAGAAUAAAGAGGACAGACUAUAACACCACUUCUCCAAACCUCCCCAACACUCCUCACCAAGACCAGACUUAGCUGGCUUUAACUAACCAGAAGCCACGGGCCCAGAGACAAUGGCUACCUCAAGUCCCGACCACUCUAGAUAAAGGCUAGGCUGCAGAGGGGUGGGAAGAGGAGGCCGGAGCCCCGAAAAGGGCAGAGAGGACUCUGGGGGGUAAUCAAUCUGGAUUCCGCAUGGUCCUGUGGCCCCCACACUGGCAAUGCCCUCUCUGAGCACACCGGGCUCUCCUCCCUCCCACCUCUCCAAGAUUCCCAAGGAAACCCUGGGUCUGUACCCAGAAUAAAGGGAGGCCUGGACUUGCCCAUCACCGCCUCUCCCAGCAGUAACGAGGGCAUGGACACAGACGUGGUUUCCCGUUGGGUCUCCGCCCCUUGGCCACCCCUCUUCUUUCUGCUCCUUCUGGCCGGAAAGAGUGGCCGAAGCUGCCCGGCCGCAUGUGACUGUGCCUCCCAACCCCAGGCGGUGCUCUGUGCCAGCCGGCAGCUGGAGGCAGUUCCCGGGGGGAUCCCCCCAGACACUGAGCUCCUGGACUUGAGUAGGAACCGCCUGUGGGGUCUCCAAAGGGGGAUGCUCUCCCGCCUGGGACCUCUCCUUGAGUUGGAUCUCAGUCACAACCAGCUUUCCACCCUAGAACCCGGGGCCUUCCAGGGUCUCCGAAACCUCCUCACUCUGCGGCUUCGGGGUAACAGGCUCCGAAUCGUGGCCCCCGGCGUUUUCUCCGGCCUCUCCUCCCUCACCCUACUGGACCUCAGCCUGAAUCAGAUCGUCCUUUUCCUGGACGGUGCCUUUGGAGAGCUGGGCAGCCUUCAGCAGUUGGAAGUGGGGGACAACCACCUGGUGUUUGUGGCCCCGGGGGCCUUUGUGGGUUUGGCAAAGCUAGGCACCCUUACCCUAGAACGAUGUAAUCUCAGCACUGUGCCCGGACCUGCUCUGGCCCGGCUCCCAGGGCUGACGGGGCUGAGGCUGCGCGAGCUGGACAUCAGUCGGCUACCCACUGGGGCUCUGAGAGGACUGGGACAGUUACGGGAGUUGGAGAUCCACCAAUGGCCGGCUCUGAGGGCCCUGGAACCUGGGAGCCUGGCCGGGCUCAACCUCAGCCACCUUGCCAUCACUUACUGCAACCUGAGCUCCGUGCCCUUCCAAGCCCUGAGCCAUCUGAACUUUCUCAGGGUCCUGGACCUGUCCCAGAACCCCAUCUCAAAUAUCCCAGCCCGGAAACUUAGUUUUUUAGUACGGCUCCAGGAACUCCACCUCUCGGGGGCCCACCUCGCCUCUAUUGCUGCUCACGCUUUCCAUGGUUUGGCUGCCUUCUGCCUCCUGGAUGUGGCUAACAAUGCUCUUCAGACCCUGGAAGAAGCUGCCUUCCCCUCCCCAAACAGUCUGGUCACCCUGCGACUGGCUGGCAACCCCCUGAUCUGUGACUGCCGUCUCUUGUGGCUCCUCCGGCUUCGUCACCACCUGGACUUUGGCAAAUCCCCCCCAGCCUGUGCCAGUCCACUCCACGUCAAGGGAAAGAACCUCCGGGACUUCUCGGACAUCCUGCCCCCAGGGCACUUCACUUGCCGAGCGGCCCUGAUUCAGAGGUCUGGCCCACGAAGGGUCAGUGCAGAGGAGGGGCAGCAGGCGGUCUUCUCUUGCUCUGGGGACGGAGAGCCAGCUCCUACUGUUUCCUGGCGAGGACCCCAGGGGACCUGGCUGGGAAGAACUGGGCGAGUAAGAGUCCUUGAGGACGGGACCUUGGAGAUCCGAUCAGUACAGCUUCGAGACGGCGGGGCUUAUGUCUGUGUGCUCAGCAACGUGGCUGGGAAUGACUCGCUGAGCACCUGGCUGGAGGUGGUCCGGAUCACGUCCCCUAACGGGACCCUUUCUGAUACCAACGUCACCUCUCUGGGCACCCCGGGACCCUUCUUCCUGGACAGCAGGGGCCUGGUGGUGGUCUUGGCUGUGGGCUUCCUCCCCUUCCUCACCUCGGUAACCCUCUGUUUUGGCCUCAUUGCCCUGUGGAGCAAAAGCAAGGGACGAGUCAAACAUCACACCACCUUUGACUUUGUGCUUCCUCGCACUUCCGGGGAGCGGGAUGCCGGGGGCAACCGAGUCACUGCCAAACUCUUCUGAUCUCCCUUUCCAUCCUCCCUGAGAGCCCAGACAGCCAGUUUGAGUGGAGAGAAGGCUAGUUGGGCCAGUGCCUUACCCCAAAGGAUGUUCUGGAGAAUCAGGACCCAAGCGUCCCCAGCAUGCCCCCGCCCUCCUUGUGCUGGCUAGAGCAGCUUGUCCUCUGCCUCGCUCCAUGGACAUUUCCCACCGGGAAAUGACAGCCAGCUUCUACUGAUUCCCCCCAUUCCCCGAGGGUUCUGGAGUGCUGGAGAUUUAUGGGACGUCGCCCUCUGAACAGUGCAAGGCUAUUACCUCCCACCAGCACACAAGCGGGCAAUAGGACCCGAGGGUCUUAGACCCAUUCCCUUCUUUGAUCACUAGCAACAUAUCUUUGCUCCUCACUUCAUUUAAUUGUCAAAACCAAUCACCAGAGCCAGUGACGGGGCCAUCCCAGAGAUGGGUCUGUGAAGUCACCACUUGCUUCUCUGCCUCUUUCCCCCAGGUACAGA